ACUCUUCUGUGGAACAGGGUGGAUUUGUAAAGGUUUUCUCUGUGUUUUUCUUCUCUGCUGGUCCAACUGUUUCCCUGUUUCUCCUCUGUAACAGAGUUGGGUAUGGAACACUUCAUGAAGAAGGUGGAGGCAGCCCACUGUGCAGCCUGUGACCUCUUCAUCCCCAUGCAGUUCUACGUCAUACAGAAACACCUCAAGUCCCCCGACCACAACUUCAACCGCAAGGGUAUGAUGGAGCAGUCUAAGAGGGCCAGUCUGUCAGUGGCUCGCAGCAUCCUCAAUCACAAAAUCAUCGGAAAGAAGCUGGAGAGUUACCUCAAGGGUGAGAACCCCUUCCUCGGUAACCAGGACGACCAAGACCCAGAGGACUCGAUGAAUAUGGAGGUGUCAGAGGCUGAGCUGACCAAUGAGAGCCUGGCGGAGACCACCAAGGAAGAGGCGGGGCCAGAGACAACGCAGGAGGCCACCGGGGCUGAUGGGGUAGAGGAGGAGAAGAUGGAGGAGGAGGGGGGAGUGGCGGUAGCAGAUGGAGGGGAGGAAGAGGCGCAAUUAGAGAAGCCAGUGGGGGAGGAGAGGGGGACACGCAGGGUGAGGGGGACACGCAGGGUGAGGGGGACACGCAGGGUGAGGGGGACACGCAGGGUGGGGGAGGCUGAGGGAGAGCUGGAGCAGAAUCCAGUGGGCUGUGAUGAUGAUGACGAUGAUGACGUUACUCUUCCUCCCCCUCCUAGAGAAUCCAGUGGCUGUGAUGAUGAUGAUGUUACUCUUCCUCCCUUCAUAGACAAUCCAAUGGGCUGGGAUGAUGACUAUGAUGACGUUACUCUCCCCCCUUCUAGAGAAUCCAGUGGGCUGUGA